GGGAAAAAAGAAAAAGAAAAGUCGCUGGCUUCGCUUAGCCUUAUCAUGACGAGACGAGACGAGAGGAGCAACAAGUCCAACUCCAAGGGCAGCACGGUCGUCAUCGCUAACCAAACAGAAACAGCACAAACUGCAGCUGUAGCAGUACCACCGCUGCCAGCUGCCUUGUUUGGUCGGCGCACCUCCGCCUCAAUCACACUCACACCGUCAGCUCCCGCAUGUCUCCUCUCACAGCUAUCCUCUCUCUUCUAGUGCUUAUAGCCAUCCCUGCUUUGAUCUACGCUUUCUUUUUCGCCAUGAACUGCCCCCGCAUCCCCCUCAGAAGACCUCAUCGGCAGCGUCAUCAUGAAUUGAGCAGCAGCAGCAGCAGCAAAGAAGCUAAUAAACAGGCGGUGGAGGAUGUUUGCAGCAGCGGUGGUGUCAAGUAUAGAAAAGACGAGGAGGCGGAUCAUGAGAAAGAGUACGGCGUCGAGUGCCCGGUUUGUUUGGCGGGGUUUGCGGAGGGAGAUUAUGUGAGACGGCUCGACGAUUGUAAACAUUCUUUUCACCUGACCUGUAUCGAUAAAUGGCUGUCUUCUCAUUCCAAUUGUCCUGUUUGUCGAGCUUCCGUUCCCACUAUCCGUUCCAAACAACGUCCCAAGCCACCACCACCACCACGACCGGAUGAUGAUUUCCGCCAAGGUCUGCCUGAUGCUGCUUCUUUAGUUUAACUGUAUAUAAUCCACCCAAAAAAGGAAAACAAAACAGUUUUUUUUCUCUGUCCCCUUAGUACUCUGUGUUAGUUUUUCUAGUUUUUCUAGUUUACAUAUUACUCCAGGCCGACGUUCCUGUUUUCUUUCCCUCUGAUUCUGAAUCUCUGGACCGCGAUCAAUGUUCCCCAUGUAAAUUAAUUUCCUGGGACACCAAAAGGUUUACAGAGCGUUACAACAUAA